AUGGCCGCCAGCAGCUUCAGUACUUCUCCCUUCCUCAUCUCCGCGCUCUUGCUUUCCUUUCUCCUCAUAUUCCACUCCGACAACAACAUCCGCCGCGCCGCCGCCGUCAGGGUCACGACCUGCACCCGGCCUUCGUCUCCGUCGUCGUCCACGUCGACAUCAUCGUCGUCUCCGUCGUCGUCCACGUCGACGUCCACGUCGUCGUGCGUCCACGAGCAGUCGAGGAACGUGAUCCGGCGGUGCGCGAGGCUGAUCUCGAAGACGGGUGCGUCGCUCGACGAGCCGUCGGCGGAGUGCUGCGACGCCGUCCGGAAGGCGAAGCUGCUGCCGUGCCUGUGCUCGUACAUCACGAGGGACAUGGAGGACCUCGUCGACGUCGGGAAGGUGGUCGGCGUCUUCGCCUCCUGCGGCAAGACUGUUCGCCCCGGCACCAAAUGCGCGAGUGUUACAUUGUUCCAAACGUAUGAGAGAAGAGGAGAGAAAGAAGCAAAGAGAUGGACAGCUGACGGCGGGCUACCAAAUUAGAUUUUUAUAUAAUACGCUAACUUUUAUCUCCGAGACAUUGUUGUUUACUUACUUUACGUGAAGGUUUAGAUAUAUGUUUUUG